AUGGACGUGGCUGAAUUAGCCCUGCAGAUUCUGGAUAAAAUUGUAUGCAAGGCCGAGUCGGCCCUCAUUGCUGCAAGCACCGCAGUACCAAAUGUGGCGAAAUUGUGUGCACAGUAUCGGAUGGAAGUUAUUCAAGAGAACGGCAUUGUGGCACUGCUUCAGUUUGUAGACUUUUUUCCGCUGGAAAUUCAACGACGAGCUGCUCGAAUUGUCUGCCAGUUGUGCACAGAUUUUCCCUUGUCAAUGGAAGAAAAAAUGCGCCAAGGAUUGCCGUAUAUUACAAACUUGCUACGGUCAGUUGAUAACGAGCUUUUGCAAAGUAGUUUUGCAUGUCUGCAAAAAUUGGGAGAAAGCUCGGCAUUUUUACAAAACAAAGAGUUUGCGUCGAUGAUUGCAACGAAGGAUAUUUGUGAGCUGCUACUGAACAAAUUGACGUCAUACGCCAGCUUAGAUGAAUCAAACGGAAACAGCGCGUCAGCUCAAUUGGCACCAGAGGGGUACAUAAGUAUGCUGCGUUUUCUUUCGUGUCUGCUGUCUUGUGUUUCAAGUGAUAUGAGUGCAGUAUCAGUCAUUCCAAGUACGUCCCAUUUGCGCUUUGUCAAAUUGCCUUCGAUUGUGACAGCGUUGCUAGCCAAGCAAGAAGUGAUUACCGAGAAUCAGCUACUCCGUGAAGCGCUGAAGUUAGUGAUCGUUGUAUUGCCCACUUCAGACGAACUUUGCUCCGCGGACGCAAUUCCACCGGCAAUGCUCAAAUUGACGCAUGAUGUUUUGACACUGAUUAGUCGCGUCUACGAUGUAACUUCGCGAGCUGACUUGCGGUACGACUGCCUUGACGUUAUUUAUCGAAGCUGUUUAUUGAUGCAUGCUAGCCGGCAGCCGUUUACAGACCAAGAAUGCACCGAGUUAUCGCGGCUCGCCGCUUUUCUUGCACGGGUGCUGCGUCCAAAACGCAAUGACGUGACAGUUUCUUUACCAGCUAAAGCUGACAAAGAUCUCGUUUUGAUACAGCUUGCUUUGAGAAUUGUUGAGGUGCCUUUGCAGAAUACAAGUGCACGAGAGGUAUCAAAGGACAUUUUUGAGCGUCACGGUGUUGCAAGUCUCAUUCGCUUUUACGCGUCUAGCUUCGAGCACAAAUGCAUAAGUGGAAGUGAUCUGCAAGAAAUUCAGGACUUUUCAGUCCGGCUAAUACGUGAUCACUUGGGUGACGAAAGCUCGGUCAUAAGCGGAAUGGCUCAAUUGGAGCGACUUGUGAAUGAGCUGCAAAUGACGCUGGUAUCUAGUAGUACAUCUGAAAACGAUCAGACGGCGUCGCUGCUCGAUGUACUCUUGAAGCUGGAUAAUUAUGUUGCGCAAGGAGACAACUUUCUAACUGUGCAUAACAUUGCUCGCAGCGGGCUAGUAAAGGUACUCAUCCAAACUUUAUCUGUUGAUAAGGGCCGGCAAGCUUUCUCUCAAAUGCAAGAGCGACAGAGCGCUGACAGCUGUGAAGUAGGAUUCGUCUCAUCGCUUUUGCGAUGCUUGCAAGAUGCGAUAUCUUCAGAAAAAGAGGCAUUCUCGGUUUUUGCUUCUGGUAGACGGUCCGCAGAACUUACAUCUGGUAGCAUUGCGACUGAUUUGGAUCGAUUAACUCAGCACAUCAAGGUGCAUGUGCUUAUUGACGAAGCAAAACCAGUGGUAGAGCCUGACAAUGAAGACCAAAGCAAUCAACAAGCAGAUUCUCACGAUGAACAAGAACUCGAAGAGCAUGUAUUGAAGAAAACUUCGUCGGAUAGAAAAGGAAACAGCUAUUCUUCAAACAAGCGUACUGUGCAUGAAACCGUUGUGCUGGUGGAACCUCUUGCAAGGAUCGAAACGAUGGAAGAUUUUAUCGCGGACAAGCUAUUUGGCAGAGGUGGGGAUGCCGGGGUCAUUCUUGAUGACUUGGAAGACGUAGGCGUUGAGAGUGAAGAAGGAGAUGUUGGUGAGAGCGAAGAGUUUGCAAACGAUGUCAUGAAGCCGCGAAGAGUACUAGCAGUGUAUAAAGGACGAGUUUUACCAGCGAUCAUGAGUGUCUUGGAGGCAAUCGUAAAGUUUGGAGGCGUAGACGCGGAAGGAGAUGGGAAGCUUGACGUAGACCGGUGUAAAUCUGGGUCUGGGACGUCUGGAUCUCCCGUUUGGACAGCAUCAUCCCAUGAUAUCACGUUUCGAGUAUCCGCUUCGCCGGAAUCGGUCGAGGACGUUGUCAAUUUCGAACCGAAUUCUGAAGACACCAAAAUUGCUCCGGCAUUUUGUUCACCGUCAGCUUCAGCAGAGUCGAUUGUAUCGGAGCCGUGGUGGGAUGACGUGUGGCAACUGUUGUUGUUACUGAAACUCGUGCGGAACCAGUGUAUUGGAAAACCAUUUGGAGCACAGUUCAAUUUCGUGAACAGCUAUCUUAGUCUCCAGGUACGCCGUGCCCUACAGCAGCCUGUUCGUGUGGUAACGGACUCCCUUCCGGAGUGGUGUUUUCUUCUCGUGAACGAAUUUUCGUUUGUACUUGAUUUUGAAACAAAGUGCCAUUUCAUGUACGCGACAACGUGUGGAUGUUCAAGAGCAAUUCAGUAUUUGUGUCGAUCGGUGUGGAGGAAAGCCGUAAUGGAAGAACCAGCUCCAGCCCGACAUGCACGACAGAGCAAUACUAGUGGGCGGCGUCGUCAUCGUGAUGGCUCUAGUCGGACUCGGACAUCCGGCCUCGACAAUAUCUCGCAAAUGGUAAAACUCCCUCGACUGAAAGUACGAGUGGCGCGGUCUCGUCUCUUACAGUCGGCAAUGAAGCUUGUAGCACUCUAUGGCGGAAAGAAGGCAGUUAUCGAGAUUGAGUUUCUCGGGGAAGUCGGUACUGGUUUGGGGCCAACGACGGAAUUUUUCACUCUCGUGUGUCAGCAGAUCCAAUCAGCGCAGCUGCAACUUUGGAGAGAUGACGAUCGAGCUGUGUCUAAAGCUAGCAAAAGCGCCGAAGAAGAGCAAAAGCAAGAACCCCUUGGCGAUGAUAUCGAUCCUACCAAGACAGACCAGAGAAAUCACAAUCUUGCGAUCCGUGGAUACCACCGUGUUGCAGUCUAUCACUGCUCCAAAUGUAAGGCCCUUCACAUUCCGGCGUGUUCUGUGCACAAGCAGUUGCUUACGCACAAGAAAAAAGUUGUAGACAUUGACAACGGUAGCACAAGCGACGAUGAUUCCAGCCAAACCAAGAGAAAGUCUUCAUGUUUGCCAGUGCGACGGCAGGCGUCGAUACAUUCUAUCCCGCAGUGUGUGCAGUGUUUAGAUGACCACGACUGGUAUUCUGCCGCUGCAUGCUGUGACUGCAGACCAAAUGAUGAUGCAGCAAGCAAAAGCGAAGAAAGCAACAACAUAACGAAUGCAUGCCCUGGGUGCACGCUAAAGUGGUGGAUUCUGAGUGACGAGGAGGCGCACUAUCUUGCCAAGGUCUUCCCCAAACAUACUAAACGGAUUAGUCAUCCUGUGCUACAGUGUGCGCACUGUGAUACAGUAAACUUUCCUGGUACGGAUGCAGGUAUCGUGGUCAUGGAUGGAGAUCGCAUGGUUUCACGGUCGGGCCGCCGCAUGUAUGAGAGAGACUAUCGUGCUGUGACCAAGCAUGUUUCGCCUUUGUGUGAGGGCACUCCGUUACAUGUGAUGAUAUGCUCGAUCACUCGAAGCGAUGUGGACAUGUUGGUAACGAACCUCGAGCAGAGUCCAGAAGUACUAGAGUCAGACGUCGAAGCACUGGAUUAUCUUAGCGAGGAUACUUUCGCGGGUGGCAAUGUUAGUGGUGGCCCACCUGUGAUGGCACCUUUUGGUCUGUACCCGAAGCCUUACCUCAUCUAUAGUGAACUGGACGAGAAUAAAACGAUCGUGAAACCACACGAGUCAAGUCAGGUCGCCACUUUUGAAGCAGACGCGUCGGACGAGGUGUACGUGCUCACAUGGUUCCGGUUUUUGGGUCGUUUUGUUGGUCAAGCAAUGCUGGACGAGCGGUUGUUGAAUUUACCGUUCGCUCGUCCAUUCGUGCGAGCGUUGCGUGGUGAGAAGAUGGUGGGCAGCGGCGUGAGUGUUGAGACGUCGCUCUCUUUUGUAGAAGAAAUGGAUCCUUCCAUCGCCAACUCGUUGCGCUACUUGUACAAUCUGGCGGUCAAGUACACUGUAAAGGUGGCAUCAGGUGACGUCGCAUCGGACGAUGUGGUUGCAUGGACAAAGGAAGUGGAUUCUCUUUGUCUUUUUUUCACAAUGGUAGGCGCUGAUGAGAUUCCUCUUGAAGCUGAUGGUAAUGACACCUCGGUAACUCUAUCGACACUACACCGUUACGUGGUACUGAAUCUGGAAUUCUUGCUAGACCGGACGAUUAAGAAUCAAGUGCAAGCAUUUCGACAAGGUUUUGAGCAGAUGUGCGGGGACAGUGGAGAUCGUCACCUUUUCUGCUUUUUGCAAACUUUUGAUGUACACGAACUCGAGUCCUUGUUGAGCGAUCGUGGUUCCGGUAGUACCAUGUGGGAUCGUGAUGGUGUCGACUUGCGUGAACACAUGAUAUGUGACCAUGGCUAUACAGCAGACAGUCGUGCGAUUGCCAACCUCGUGUCGAUUCUUUGUGAAUUGUCAAUGGACGAACAGCGACUUUUUGUACGCUUUGUCACGGGUGCCAACCGUUUACCACUUGGUGGACUACGGAAUCUUGAACCGAAACUCACGGUCGUGCGAAAGCUCACUGAAGUGAAUGAUUUCAAUAAUACCGACGAAAAUGACGCGAUAUUGCCAUCAGCCUCGACCUGUACGAACUAUUUGAAGCUACCGGAUUAUUCAACGCGUGACAUUAUGAAGAAAAGGCUGUUGUAUUGCAUUACCGAAGGCCAAUGCAGCUUCCACCUUUCCUAG